AUGGCCGUGCCGCUGCUGAGCAAGAAGAUCGUGAAGAAGCGCACCAAGAAGUUUAAGAGGCCGCAGAGCGACCGCAAGAUCUCCGUUAAGGUGCCGAGAAGAAAAAUCUCCUCUUGCCUUCGUCCAAUUUUCACUUUGAAGUGAUUGUGUCUGCAUUUCAUUUGAAUCAUACAUUGCCUUGGGCUUGUUGAAAAGUAAUGCUCGUAAUAAUUAAAGUUUAUCUACGCAUCGUCAUCCCAGUUUUUCGUCGCAUUCCUUUGUUUCAUCUUUUUAGAAACGCGGGUAUUCAACUUUAAUUAUUAUGAAAGCUAGAGAUUGUCUUUUUAUGAUUGAUUACAUAUGGUUGUGAUUAUCAUGUAAAAAAUUCUUAGGUUGUCAUUUUAUUUUCGAAGCUUCAAUUCUUCGAUAUUACCUUUUAAGCAUACAUCGGAAGUGUAUUUUGGUCAUUCUGUCUGAAAAAGAGACAGCCAAUCACUGUUGCAGCAGUUGAAUCAUGCGUGUCUACCAUUUAUUUUGCUUACAUUUCUUCUUCAGAAGCUGUAGCAAUUAGGGUCUGAUAGUUGCUUUUCAUUUACCACAGCCGAGCUGGCGCAGGCCCAAGGGUAUUGAUUCACGAGUUAGAAGAAAGUUCAAAGGAUGCACCCUCAUGCCCAACAUUGGUUACGGCUCGGACAAGAAGACCCGUCACUACCUUCCCAAUCGCUUCAAGAAGUUUGUCGUUCACAAUGUCAAGGAUUUGGAACUCUUGAUGAUGCACAACAGGUGAGGCCCAAUAAAAAAGUCAACGUUUCUCACAUUGUAUAGAUUCCGAAGAGUCCUUCACUUUGACUAGGUGUUUAUUUUCGUAAUGUUUCAUGUGUUUCUUUGGUUAGAAGGAAUUUCCCUCUCGUUUUUUAGAGAUUCUUGUGCUGUUCAUGCCAGGUGCUUCCUACCUAAUCAAUUUACGUUUUUUAUUAAAUUUUUGUUUGCGUAGGACGUACUGUGCUGAGAUUGCACACAAUGUCUCGACAAGGAAGCGCAAGGACAUCGUGGAGAGGGCCGCCCAACUUGACAUCGUCGUUACCAACAAGCUGGCCAGGCUGCGUUCUCAGGAAGAUGAGUGA